UAUUGACUUAAUUUCUUGCUUAGUCAGACUUAUCAAAGAAGUCAUUUUCAACAAUGAAUGGUUUGUAACAGUGUAAUCAAAUAUAACAGAAUAUUCACUUGUCAGUCUGAAUAAUUUGGGAAAAGUCUAUUUAUACUUACACAAAAUAAAUAAAAAUAUUUAAAACCCAUUGAAAAUAUCAAUUAUCGUUUUUUAUUAAAAAAUGAUGAACAAAAAACGUAAACGCAAAGUUCUUUCGUUAAGAGAUAAACUAGAUGUUAUUUUGAGUAUUCAUAAUGGUGAUAGUGGCAAAUAUUUAUCUCUUAAGUAUGGAGUUGGUACGUCUACAAUUUCUGAUAUAAAAAAAAAUUCUUCAAAAAUUAUUGACUAUUCAACAAGACUCUGCGAGAAUGAUGGAAAUUUAUCACGAAAAAUAAUGAAAGAAUCAACAAAUCCUGGCAUGGAUCAAGCAGUCUUCAAAUGGUUUAUGCAAAAACGAUCAACUGGACAACCGAUUUCGGGAUCAUUGUUACGUGAAAAAGCGAAAUCUAUUCAUGAACUUUCGAAUUGUGUGACACAUUUUCAAGCAAGUUGCGGAUGGCUACAACGAUUCAAAUCUCGACACGGGAUAAGGUCACUACGAAUUUGUGGAGAUAAACUAUCAGCAGAUGUGAAAGCUUCUAAUUCGUUUGUAGACACACUUCAUGAUAUAAUUAAUAAGAACAAGUACACGAAAGAGUUUAUAUAUAAUGCUGAUGAAACAAGAUUAGAUUAUAAGGCAUUGCCAUCAAAAUCAUUAGUCUUACGGAAUGAAUCUGCAGCGCCAGGUUUCAAAACUUCAAAAGAGUCUGUGACCGUCCUUGUUUGCGCGAAUGCUAGUGGAACACAUCGUUUGCCAUUAUUAGUCAUAGGGAAAUCAAAAAAUCACAAAAUUUUGAAUAGUAUGCCAAUUGUUUAUAAAUAUGCUAGAAAAGCGUGGAUAAAUAAAAAAAUAUUCACGGAGUGGUACAAAGAAACUUUUGUGCCACAGGUAAAACAAUUUCAUGGACUAAAUGAUAAUCAAGGUAAUGUCUUACUUCUCUUAGAUAAUGCACCAUGUCAUCCACCGGCUUCUACCCUAAAUAUUAUUCAUAACUCGUUUACAAUAAAAUAUUUACCUCCGAAUGUGACUGCAAUAAUACAACCUAUGGAUCAAGGUGUAAUAGAAAAUUUCAAACGAAUCUAUCGUAGAGAUUUUUUACGCUACAUCAUUUUAGAGGAUGAUUAUCAGGAUUCUAUAAGGUCCAUAAUAAAAAAUUUAAAACUAAACACAUGUUAUCAAAUGAUGAUCGAUGCAUGGAACCGUGUCGAUAACAAUACAUUAGAACGAUCAUGGAAUAAAAUUUUAAAAUAGCUGCCCUUAGAGGAGAUGUUGUGAUUAAAUAAAUGGUUAUCUAAAUUUUGGGACUCACAAAUUUGUGACGGGACCGUCACAAAUUAUUGCUGAUCAGUAAAUCAUUCGAACAAGAAAUAUUAGUAUUUCGUUAGGAGAUCUAAAUAUUCAAAUAGAUCUUACAAAACAGCAAAUGUACAAUGAUUUCAAAAAUAAACGAAAUAAAAGUGUG